AUGUCAGAUUCGGAGAAACCUAAGCCAAAGGCUCCACCAGAAUCACCAACGACUGCGAAAUCCUUAGACUUCGAUGACGAGACUGCGGAGACAAUAUCAUUUCCUCUAAAAUCCCCUCUCUCAACAGAAAAGCCGAAGCCCGGCGCCGAGGAAGACUUUCCCCCUCCCAAGCCACCCCGUCCGUUGGCUCCAGAGCAACAAGCAGAGAACACUUUAAAAGAAGCUUUUCCCUCCAUCGAUGCUGCAGUUGUCAAAGCUGUCUUGCGAGCUAGUGGUGGGCGAGUAGAACCGGCUUUCAAUGCUCUUCUAGGCAUGUCAGAUCCAGAUGCCGCAGAGCCUGCUCCGCCGCCGCAACCUCCAAGGCCACAACGGGCGCCAACCGGCCCAACGUCUACAGAGGAAAGCCAGCUUGCAGCAGAUGAGCGAUACGCGCGGCAGCUUGCCGAGCACUACAAUGGGGCUCCUGCUUAUGGUGAAGGCCCGAGAUCUGGAUCAGGCAACCGAAGGCCACAGCAACGUGGGCCCCCGAGACAAGCAAGUGGAUACGAUCAAGACGACGGGCCCAGUUGGUUUGAUGAGGAAUUGCCCAUUUUGAAGGACAACAUUAAAAAAGGCUUUCUCGAAACACAAUCGACAGUCAAUAAAUGGGUUAACAGCUUCAAGAAGAAGAUCGAUGGUGAAGGCGAAGACGAUUUUCAACGUCGACCACCACAGCAAGGCUAUCCAGCUCAGCAACAGUCCGAUGGUAGGAGGAGCAGUGAAUUUGGAAGGCGAAGUGCGGACCGCGAGCGAUAUGAUGCCGAUCCACAGGUGCUUGGAGAUGAUUUUGCUGGCCUCCAAAUGAGAGAUAAUGAGGCCCAACGGCGCUCGAGCCGUCCUUUGGCAAACCCCGAUCUUUUCAAACCAACACCGCCCCGGCCUCAGUCGACUCAAUCAGGCCGCCGAGUCUCAUUUCAAGAAGGCCCACCAGAAGAGAUUGACAUUCAUUAUCCCAAGUCGCCUGAUCCAACCAACCGCCCGUCAUCUGGCACCGGAGGCAAAUCCAGUAAGUGGCAGCCACUUGCUCCCGUAGACCCUAGUCCCGUGGCAGACCAUGAUCCCUUCAGCCUAGGCGACAGCGAUGAUGAAGAAGCCAAGAAGAAGGAUGUCAAGGCAGACGAUAGUGGACGACUGAAGCAGGCAGCGGCGGAGGCCAUGUCAGACGAUAUUGGUUCCUCAGGCGAAAAGGAGCUCGAGCCUCAGGAAAGAUCUGGGAGUCUGAAGACGAAGGAUAAGGAAACCGAGACUUUGGUGGGCAAGCCUUAA